UUCAGCUUCCAAUAACAAACCCCACCAAGCCACAAACACACCCUCUUCUUCUUUCUUUCUCUUUGUCCCUCAAACACAACACAACCAGAGAACAGACACACACAAAGGAACAAACAAAGGAGAUUAGAAACUGAGAUGGAGAGCAGUGACACAUACACCCCUACUUCCUCUGCCCCACUUUCUCACUCCCCCACUUCCUCUUCUUCCUCACCACCACCUCCUCCACCUCCCACUGUUGUCAUGAGCCCUUGUGCUGCAUGCAAGAUUUUGAGGAGAAGAUGUGCUGAGAAAUGUGUUCUCGCACCUUAUUUCCCUCCCACUGAACCUGCCAAGUUUACCAUUGCUCACCGUGUGUUUGGUGCCAGUAACAUCAUCAAGUUCCUACAGGAACUUCCAGAGUCUCAGAGGGCUGAUGCAGUGACCAGCAUGGUUUAUGAGGCAAGUGCAAGAAUAAGAGACCCUGUUUAUGGUUGUGCAGGAGCAAUUUGCCAGCUCCAGAAGCAGGUGAAUGAACUUCAAGCACAAUUGGCAAAGUCACAAGCUGAGCUUGUAACCAUGCAACUUCAGCAAGCAAAUCUUGUGGCUCUAAUUUGCAUGGAAAUGGCACAGAAUCCACAGGAAUCACCACAACAAUCAGUGGACAAUUUCAUUUCAACUCCUCCUCACAGUGGUGGCUAUCAAAGUGGCAUCAACAACUUCUUUGAGGACAACACUAGCCCAAACUCACUAUGGGAGCCCCUUUGGACUUGAAACAGAAUCAUAUCAACUUUAAUUAAAUAUAUAAUUACAUAUAGUAUAGACAUUCACAAAAAUGUUCCAAUGAUUGUCUCCUAAGGAGAAGUUCAAGGAAUCAAUUAGAACUAAUAAAAAUCAAUUCAUGGCUAGGGUUUAUUAGGCUAAUUCAACUCCAUGCAUGAGGAAAAGAAUGUGAUUGCUGGUUUAUCUGGUAUGAAGUUCCUGUAUUCAGUCCUGUGAUCAUAAUCCAAUGUUAGGAGAUUUAUUCACUUGGUGAUCAUAAUCUCCAACUUCUUGUAACACCUAAGUUAAACACCAUCAUCAUACAAAUAGUAGAUGUGUUUUACUCCAUGUAAUCUUUGAAAUUUAAGGGAAAGAAAUUUGUUCUUA